AAGAUGAAAGGGACACGCUGCCUUUAAGACUAUGCUUUACCAGUCGAUGAUUCCUAAAUCUAGGAAUAGGUAGUUGAUGUUUGUGGGCUGGGCCUCUGUGGAAGGACAACCUCGUGGUGCCUUUUGCUGAGGAGACCCAAGAAAAGAAAGCGGAAGCCAGGCUUCUACUGCAGCGUCUGGCAUACCUGUGCAGUCUAAUUUUGAGCGGUCUCUUUUCGUAGAGUCCUAAGAGACAAGGACUACUGACUACUAACCCAUACGUUUCUGUGGGCAAGUCUUGUGUGUUCUCCCCGCCAUGGCUCAGCUCCAGACUCGCUUCUAUACUGACAACAAGAAAUAUGCAGUAGAUGAUGUUCCUUUCUCAAUUCCCGCUGCCUCUGAAAUUGCUGACCUUAGUAAUAUCAUCAAUAAAUUGCUGGAGGUCAAAAAUGAGUUCCACAAACAUGUGGAGUUUGAUUUCCUUAUCAGGGGCCAGUUUCUGCGAAUGCCCUUGGUCAAACAUAUGGAACUGGAGAACAUCUCAUCAGAAGAAGUUGUGGAACUAGAAUACGUGGAGAAGUACACUGCACCCCAGCCAGAGCAAUGCAUGUUCCAUGAUGACUGGAUAAGUUCAAUUAAAGGGGCGGAGGAAUGGAUCUUGACUGGUUCUUAUGAUAAGACUUCUCGGAUCUGGUCCUUGGAAGGAAAGUCAAUAAUGACAAUUGUGGGACAUACAGAUGUUGUAAAAGAUGUGGCCUGGGUGAAAAAAGACAGUUUGUCUUGCUUAUUACUGAGUGCCUCAAUGGAUCAGACUAUUCUCUUAUGGGAAUGGAAUGUAGAGAGAAACAAAGUGAAAGCUCUACAUUGCUGCCGAGGUCAUGCUGGAAGUGUGGAUUCUAUAGCUGUUAAUAGCUCUGGAACUAAAUUUUGCAGUGGCUCCUGGGAUAAGAUGCUAAAGAUCUGGUCUACAGUCCCUACAAAUGAAGAAGAUGAAAUGGAGGAACCCACAAAUAGACCAAGAAAGAAACAGAAAACAGAGCAGUUGGGACUAACAAGGCCACCACGUUUGGCAUCUGGAAGCACAGAUAGGCAUAUCAGACUAUGGGAUCCCCGAACUAAAGAUGGUUCUUUGGUGUCACUGUCCUUAACCUCACAUACAGGCUGGGUCACAUCAGUAAAGUGGUCUCCGACCCAUGAACAGCAACUGAUUUCAGGUUCUUUAGAUAACAUUGUGAAGCUGUGGGAUACAAGAAGUUGUAAGGCUCCUCUCUAUGAUCUGGCUGCUCAUGAAGACAAAGUUCUGAGUGUAGACUGGACAGACAUAGGGCUACUUCUGAGUGGAGGAGCAGACAAUAAAUUAUAUUCCUACAGAUAUUCACCUACCACUUCCCAUGUGGGGGCAUGAAAGUGAAUUCACUUCGAUUAUAGAGAUUCUUUCUAUAAAUGAAAUGGUAGAGAAUCAUUAGAUUACAUUGAUGCAUAUGCAGAAAGCCGCCUUUUAGGUUUAUAUAAUGCUUUUGCCCUAACAUAUCACUAUCUUUUUUUUCUUUAUUUUGUAUUUAUAAUACAAUAGUUUGUGUUUAUAAAAUAUAAAUGUGGCCUGCAUUCUGUACCCUGUGCAAACUCUUGAAAUUAAACUGAGUUUUUUUUUUAAAGGUAUUGUUUUAAAUUAAGAUUUCCUUUUGAAAUGUUAUAAAAGGAUAUAUUAGAAAUACAGUAAUUAAUUGUCCAGAUUUUUAUUUCUGUUGGAGAAACUUAGGUUUUUAAAGUAGCUAGUUAAAAAAAAAGCAUCUAGAAAAGACUACUAAAAAAAUGAAUAGAGAAAAAAUAAGAAAUACAAUUUCCUUUUGGUGAAAUGAGUGAUGUCUUCCUAUAAGAAAAUAAGACUUUGUAUUUAUUCAGAACAAUAAAAAAUGUAGAUGUUGCCAGUGUAUUAA